UCUCUAUUAAUGUGUUUCUAUUUCUACAAAUGUGCGUGCAAACAGAUUGCAAUAUCAUAUUUCUUCUUCUUCUUCUUCUUCUUCUUCUAUACUUAUCUCAAGAUACGACUAAUAACCAUUCUAAAAAAUAUAUAUUUGCCCAAAGAACUCUUUCUUCGAUCUGGCAGAGACAGAUCUAAUCAGGCUACUAAAAGUGGUAGUAGCAGUAGCCACUUGGAGAAGAUGCUGCUUGUACCCUUUAUUUUUUAUAAAAACAAAAGCUCUCAUAGUGAUAGUGGUGAGUAAAUUAGGAAAUAAAAGUUUAUGGUGAUGCAGAUUGACAGCAAUCACGGCAUUUGUCAACACUCAGCGCUAAGCUGUGUCUCCGGUCGCAAAUUCCAAAUCAAACUCCCCCUCUAACCCUCCGCCUCUCUCUCUCUCUCUCUCUCAGCAUCAUCUUUAUUCAAUUAUCCAAAUCUGGCUCUGUUUCUGCUUUUUCUCUUUCGAAAAGCGUCUUUUCUUCGGAUCGAGGCAUCUCGAUCGAGACACGAAUCGCAGGAAAGGGGACUCCAAUUGCAUGGAGGCGGGGGAAGUGGUUUUGGACCAAAAUGAUGCGGCCCAUUGGAUCUACAGAGGCGAAGGGGCUGUUAAUCUCGUCUUCGCCUACACCGGGUCCUCUCCUCUUUUUGCUGGCAAAGUCUUACGCAUUCAAAAGGUUCCCAGGAAAAAAUCACAAUGUGCGAGCAACACCUCAGUUCUAUCUGUGUAUGAAUGCCGUCUAUGGAAAGAUGCUAAUGACAUUGUCUCAUCCCCAACAAAGGACAUUGCUGGGCAACUCUAUGUGCAGAAUGUGAUGAGCCCAUUGUUGGGUUCCAAACAUGUUGAUUCUGGGAUGCGGGUACGGGUGUCAAGGGACUUCCUGGAAUCAGUGGAAAAGAAUGUUCUUUCUCAGCGUCCUACUUGGCGAGUUGAUGCUGCCAAGAUUAAUACUCUUUGUGAUUCUGCGCUUCUUAUGUCCGAUCAUUCAGUUUUUUGUCAAGGUACUGUCAAAGGAGAACCAUCCAUAUCUAUUGAGAUAAAGCCAAAAUGUGGAUUUCUUCCAUUUUCAAGAUUCAUAGCUGAAGGCAAUGACAUUAAGAGGAGUGUAAGUCGUUUUAGAAUGCACCAACUCCUCAAAUUGCAUCACAAAGAGAUCUCACAAAUAAGUGAAUAUGAUCCGCUGGACUUGUUCUCUGGAUCUAAGGACAGAAUAUAUAAAGCUAUUAUGGCUCUCUUUACCACACCUCAGAACAAUUUACGUGUUUUCUUGAAUGGUUCUCUCGCAUUUGGGGGCUUGGGUGGUGGCUCAGACAGUACUUAUUUUGUGAAUAGUGAAGCAUUAGAGAGUGCCCUUAUGCAUGCCAUUCGAGCUGAAGAUGGCCUGCGCACGAUGAGAUUUAUAGAGCUUGUUGCUGAGACAGUUUUCAAAUCGAAAGUACUGGAUCUGCUUCUUAAAGUGCAGAAGCUUGAUAAUUUUGACAUAGAAGGGGCAAUUCAUGCUUAUUAUGAUGUUGUUUCUCAACCUUGCAUGAUAUGUAGAGAUAUGGGGGAAGACAAUUUAUUAGGUAAGUAUGCUGCUUUGCACUCCAUUUCUCUGGAUGAAAGCUUACAGAUUGUAAGGGACUAUUUGAUAGCUGCAACUGCAAAAGACUGUAGUUUGAUGAUUAGUUUUACCUCAAGCGAAGAUGGAAUUCGAGGGUCUCCAUAUAAUGAUGUGUACCUAGAAUCAACCAACCAGAAUUUUCAUUACAAGGCAAAUUUUAUUGACCUGGAUAUGAAACCUUUGAAGAAGAUGGAACUCUACUAUGAAUUAGACCAGAAGAUUGUGAACUACUAUGUCCAAAUGGCGAAAAUUGAGCAUGAACCAGAAGAAGCUGCCAACAUUGAGGUUUAACACUCCACUGAAAAUCCUUUUUAACUCUAUGGAAGAUAAUUCUCAUGCAAGAGAUUCUGGUGGCAAUUGAAAGAGGUUAAGUCUUCACAGUUUUCCUUCAUAGAAAAUGGCUCUCCUCCAUGAUAACCUUGUUAUAGUCGACCAAUCAGCCAAUGCAUUUCAGCUUUUGUUGGUCGAGGCCAGGUGGGAGAUGACAGGAUAAAGAAAAACAUCAGUAAGGCCGAGUCGGAGUGGCUUGUUAGGACUGGGGAAAAUGCCAUAUCCAAAAGCCUUGAUGACUGAGAUUUAUGGACCUACCCCACGCGUGGCCAAUCUAAGGUGGGACAAAGUCCCACAGUUUUUGAAGCAAGCUACCACAUACAUGGCCAAUCUGAUGUGGAACUAAGUCUCGAACAGUUUUUUCUUUUGUUAAUGUGAAAAAAAAGAAAAAGAAAAAAGGGUGGGGAGGUUGAAGAGGGAACGUCAAUGCAUCUGAAUAUGAGGAAUGGAUGGUAAAAAUCCCACAUCCAAAAGCCUAGACAACUUUUAGGUGCAUGUAAUUUUUUGCUUGUAAAACAAGUCCAACUGAAUAAGGAGUAUGCAUAUCACCAUUGACCAUGAAGAGAUGAGCAUAUGUGCUUCAAUUUGUUUAAGUGCCAACUUUUUGAACUACUUGAGAUCAAUAAAUUUUUGGUUUGGAUUA